GUCUUGCUUUGCUUUGUUAUUGCUAUCUGCAAUUCGCACCGAACUUGGGUUUUUUGUGCCGUACAAAGUGCAGGUUAAUGCAAUUUCGGAUCUGUGCAAGGUUCUUGCCCUUUCGCUGGGUGUUUGCGCGCAACCUGUUCAUCGUUGCAAGCGUCACCGCGGUCACAAUCCGUCCAUCGUUUGCCUCGAGCAGUUUGUGCAACGCUGCCAAUCAAAACAGCUGCAUCUCCUCCAGUUUGACAUACAAUACCGUUGCCAGGAUGAGCGACCAAGCGGGUGAAUCGCCAGCAGCUGGGAAGUCCUAUCAGCCGGGCAGCAGUUCGGUGGCCUUCGUCACCACUCCAGAUCGCGAAUCGGCAAGGAAGCUAGCACGCAGCAUAAUCGAACGUAAACUGGCCGCCUGCGUCAAUAUUGUGCCAAAAAUCGAGUCCAUUUACCUGUGGGAGGGCAAGGUCAACGAGGACAGCGAAUAUCUGAUGAUGAUAAAGACGCGCACCAGUCGCAUCGACGAGCUGAGCAAGUUUGUCCGCGAAAAUCAUCCGUACAGCGUCGCCGAGGUCAUUUCACUGCCCAUACAGAAUGGCAAUCCGCCGUAUCUUGACUGGAUCUCGAAGACGGUGUCGGAAAAACCAUAGAUUAUACCGAAUUUGUAAUGCGUUUAAUGACAAUAAAGGUUUAUUGAACGUGA